AUGACCCACUACAAGCUACUUGCAUGUGGCUCUAACGGAAACUUCCAGCUUGGUCUUGGUGACGAUGAAGAUAAAUCGUCCUUGGUCGAAAUUAAUGUCACAUUGAAGGCGCCUCCUCGGUCUUUUGCCUUUGGCGGGAACCAUACGCUAAUUCUACUUGAUGAUGGCACGGUGAUGGCUGCUGGGAGCAACGAGUUUGGCCAGUGUGGGAUUAAGGCGUCAGAAGCGCUUAAAGAAUUCAUCGAGAUUCCUGGCACUUGGAAGUUCAUUGCUGCUGGUUGGGAGUACUCUGUGCUUGUCGAUGAGCAAGAUAGAGUGUACACUUGUGGCACGGGGCUCAAGGGCGAAUUGGGACUAGGCAAGAACAUCGUACUUGCAGAAACGCCUUCUGAUGUCAAAUUUUCCACAAAAAGCCCGGUUAUCGGUGUCAAGUCUUCAAUCAAUCAUGUCAUUGUGAUGCGUGAGGAUGGGACCUAUGGCUGGGGAGCGUGUCGUAAGGGCCAACUUGGGGAAGUCAAGGAAGUCGACCCUAAAAACAAGCCUGUUUCGUGCUACUGGGAGCCCAAAAGGCUCUCGCUUGAAGGAACUUUGGUUGCAAUGGGCCAUGAUCGUACUGUUCUCUAUGAUGGUUCUGUGAUCAAGGUACUAGGGAAAAAUGCCUGUUUAAUUGAGGCGCCAAACGCAAAUAAUGUGCAAGCAAUGUGGUCAUCCGUACACUGGUCGACGUCGACCAGAAGCCAUGAAGGUAUUGAAAUUUACUCUCAGGGUAACAAUCUGCAUGGGCAGUUAUACCAAUAUAAUAACGAGGCAUCACCUGUGGACGUUGUCGUGGGCUCAGAACACGGACUUGUACUUCUUAGUGACGGAAAAGUAUGUGCAUGGGGCUGGGGAGAGCAUGGCAACUGUGGAGAAGCUCCAGAAACGAAGAAAAAAGGAGAAAAUGAUCCGGUGACCUAUGACUACUUGAAUGAAAUCUACAGAGGACCCGAUAAAGUUGUUGGCAUGGCUGCGGGAUGCGCCACAAGCUGGAUCGUAACAGAGACGUUAGCUAGUGAUAAUGAGUGA